AUCAUAUCAGCGAGCUUUGAGGAUAUUUUCUGGCUGUAAAAGAGCCGGAGAAGAGCCGGGCUUGGGAAACAGGAAAGAGAGCGAGGUCUAUAAAAAUACAGGGCGUGUGAUGUCAUCCGUGUUUCCAGCCCAGCGGAGCCUCAUCUGCAUGUAGAGGCAUGGGGCAGGGGUAGCUGAAUGAGGUCCGUCGGGAACUUUUAGGGUGUUGUUAAGUACAGAGCGUGUGCGGACAGAGGUGUACACCGUCAGGCUUGCGCCUACAUGCACUUGCACUUGAACCCCAAACAGAGCGUCCUCUGAGAACUUGUGAAGGCAUUAUCAAAUGAAGCCGGACAGAAGCACAGAAGUACCCCAGUGCUGGGAGCUUGGCAAGAAAACAGUGUAAAACCCAAGGAACACUUAUUGCUGAAAGUUGGACUCUUCCGUAACAGAUGUGCGUGGAUGCCGAGGCAUGUGAAGUAUGAAGACAGGUGCCGCCCACAGUCCGGACAGCAGUUUGCCCUGGGGGGUGGCAUUGCCCACCAUGACCGCCGCUGCCAGCGGCACAACCGGCGCCGCAAGGCCAGGCUGGGUUGCCUUUACAGAUGAGCCAGCGGUGUCGAGCAUGGAAUUCCAGCAAGAUGGAAACAGCAACUUGUCCUUCAUUGCUCCGCCCCCUGCUGAGACCCCUCCCUCUUGUCUUACCUCUGUGGGUGAGGCAGGAACUCUGGGCUCGCCCACACAGCCAAACACCUGGGUCCAGUUUGAUGAGAAGCCCUGGCGCUCUCCGUCCCCAUCCCAGUCACAGGUAAAAGGCCCCAGGCACAGCGUUUGCUCUUCGGCCAGCUUCUGGAGCACCGCACCCCCCUCGGAGAGCAGCUGGACCGGCCAAUCAGAGGAGCACAGCUCCCUCAGCGUGGGCACCUCCUUCUGUGACCUUCCGUCCCUCCCCGCUGAGGAGACCUCCCACCUGACGCCGUCCGGCACACACUCUCCCAAUUGCUCUGUCUUCCAAGAAGAUGAGGGAGUAGACAUGGACUCAGUCAACUGGCCUGCGAGCACAAAGCACAUUAACGGGCAAUCAGAAACCAGCACAAACCGCUUUGCCAGCUGGGUCACCUUCGAUGAUGAUGAUGAUGAGCCAAGCUUCCAGAAUCCUGGGAGACCCCCCUCCCUCAUGUUCAACAACCUUAGCCAUGGCCCCACCCAGGAUGCCAACAGUAACUUCGUGUCACCAGUUCGGAACCAGGAAGUGGGGAGACACCUUCUGGACCUGACGCCAGAUGGUGUUAACCCUGUUUUCACCCUAGAUAGCCCCCUGUUGAGCUGUAGCACCCCUUACAACAAGAAGAACCCCUUCCUGGAUGAGGAGCUGAUCAAUGUCCAGCCAUCUCCCAUCAAUCCUUUUAGUGACUACUUCAACAAGAAGGAAGUCAAGACGUGUCAGAGCAAUGGGUCGUGCCCAGAGAGCCCCCAGAUUUUCUCUUUCAGCUCUCCUUUCUUUAAUGCAAACCACACAGAUGUCAAAAGGGAAUCCUUACUGCUCUUUUCCCCUGUGUCGGACUCCACUGACGGUGAAGGCGUUUUCUGUAAAUUCCCUCCCCAAGACAGCCUGGAGCAGCUCAGGAACCUACAGAUUACAGACCCGGACCAGCCUGGCAGCCCCACGUUACCCGACGACCUCGCCGACUCUGAGGAACCGGACGAGCCCCCAUAUCAGCCGCCGCACAUGACCCCUCAGGACGGCUGGCCCAUGAUGCUGCGCAUCCCGGAGAAGAAGAACAUCAUGUCGUCACGGCACUGGGGGCCCAUCUUUGUGAAGCUGACCACUUCCGGGCGACUGCAGCUCUUCUACGAGAAGGGCCUGGAGAAGCCCUUCAAAGAAUUCCAGCUGGACGGCCGCCACGAGCUGUCGGAGCACAAGCUGCAGAACUACGACGAGAACGGCCGGGUGCACACCCUCAGCAUCGACCACGUGGUCUACAAGGAGAAACGCAAGAUCCAGCCCAAGGUCGCUGUGGUCCACAUUCCCAUCAAGGAGCAGCUGGUCAAACUGGGCACCAUCAACUACCAGGACUUCCUGAGCUUCACCAACGCGCUGCAGGACACGCUGAUGCACCUGCCUGUGGAGACGGAGCAGUUCAGCUGCCCCGCGUCUUUCUCUGAGGAGGAGGUGGUGGUGGACGUGCGGGACGAGUUCCACGGGGUCGUGUCUAAAGGGGACAAUAGGAUUCUUCAGCAGCUGGUGCUUACCCGUGUCCAUGUGCUGGCGUUUGUUUCCGGGUCGCCGCUGUGCAGGAUAGGUUUUAACGACGUACAGGUCAAGGGAAAUGAGGUGGUGUCCCGGCAUGACAUCAUCCCCAACACCACCACUCGCUGGAUUAAGCUGAGGGACUGCCUGCUGCACAACUACGCCAAUGAGAAGGAGUUUGCAGAGUCCAGGGCGGUCGCCUUCACCCCGCCGAGUGGCCGCAGGUUCGAGCUGCUGCGCUUCCGCACGGUUUUUGCCGAGAAGACACUCCCCUUCACCCUGAGGACGGUGGCUAGCAUUAGGGGAGCGGAGGUGGAGCUGCAGUCCUGGCUGGUGAUGUCGACUGGCUUCUCGUCCAAUCGGGAUCCUCUGACACUAAUCCCGUGCGAGAACGUGAUGAUCCGCUAUCCCAUCCCGCUGAUGUGGGCCAAGAACUUCCGGCGGGACAGUGUCAUGGGGGAGAAGUCGCUGAAAGCACGAUUCAACAAAGGGGCCAGCUUCGGUUCCACCAGCGCAUCCGGGUCAGAACCGGCCAUGAGGGUCACGCUGGGCACUGCCAAAUACGAACAUGCCUUCAAGUCUGUGGUGUGGAGGAUAAACAGGCUACCAGACAAGAACUCAGCGAUGGGACACCCCCACACCUUCUUCUGCCGCCUGGAGCUGGGCUCAGACCGGGAGGUGCCUCCCAAAUUCCAGCGCCACCUGGAGGUGGAAUUUGACAUGCCUGCUGCCUCUGCUUCUAAGGCCACUGUGCGCUCACUCUCUGUGGGAGAGAAGACUGAUGUAAAGAAGUGGAUUAACUACAAAUCACACUACAUCUAUCAGGUGGAAGUGGAGCAGAAGAAUGACAGUGUUUCAGACAGCCAAGAAUCUGACCAGCCAGGGGAGUGUGCACAGCAGUGAGGCAGAGUGGCUGGAUAUCUGCUUAUUUUACACUGGGACAUGAGGGGAAAAGGCGUCAUUUUUUGCACUUUGGAAAAAUGUAUUUGACAAGAAAUAUCCCUGUAAUCAGCUGGAUAUUGAAAGACUGAGGUUUACUUUGAUCUUCUUUAGUUGUUUUUCAGUAGACUAUGGCCAGAUUGGUCUUAUGGGGAACUUAUUUUUGUAUUACUAAUUUAUUAGCAGGUAGAAUUUGAUAGGCUCAGUUAGGCAAGCUUCAUAACGUUUCAAAGCACGUGUGUGGGAUGGCACAGAAGGUGUGAAAUGUCUGUCUGUGGUUCUUGUAUGGUCUGACUGUUUUCAGGAAGUUUGCUUUCUCAUGUAAAAAUGGAAUGCAACGCUGACAGUUUGGAAUUUGAUUUCCAUUGUCACAGCAAAGAGUAAAUUUUGGAGGAAGAAUGCUAACAGUAAGUGGUUAUAUUUUGAUAAAUCAGAGCAUUGACACAAAGGUGCCUUUAAUGUAUCACCAUGUUUCAUCUUAACCUCUGAAGGGGAUCCCCCUCAGAACUGUUGUAAGUAAAUGAGGAUCAUCACUUGAAUUUAUUCUUCUGUUUGUUCUACACAUUUUUGGUACUUUCCUCUUUCUCUGUGUAAGAGAAUGUUCAUCAUAUCACUAAUGCUCCAAUCUUUCACUCACAUCCAUCUUUCACAGCUUUAUUAUUUUCAUGUUCAUUUCAAUUCAUAGUAUUUGCA